AGACCAACUGCAUGUCUCGCAGUUUUCUUCCUUCUACAGUAACUGUUAACUUCUAUGGUAGAUAAAUCUCAGAUUCCAAAACCCCCCACAGUAGCAAGAGCAAGAGGUCGUCUCCAUCAAAACCCCAAUAUGGCUCUGUUUAAUCCAAACUACAUUAAACACUCGCAAUAAUUUUAAAAAUUAUUCAAAAUUAAAAUACGUAGAAACUGGUGAAAAACCAGCAAACCCAUUAAUUCAUAGCUCCAGUUUCAUCAUAUCAUACCUUUUUUCUUUUUUUUUUUUCAAAAAAACAAAUCGGAAUUUUUGAAGGCGUAAAUCGGAUUUGAAAAAUCAAAGCCUAGGGUUUUUGGAGGCGAUGUCUGCUGGGGUUUGUGGGAAGCGGGUGGGUUUCGAAGAAAUCUUCGGAUCUUCUUCGACGCCGUGCUCGGCAGCGAAGAGAUCCAGGUAUUCGAGUUUCGGGUCGCCGAUCCGUUCUUCCGAAUUGGGUUGCGGGUCGGAGGACAGGGUCUUGACCUUGCUUCAAAUGUUCCCUGCCUUGGAUCGUGAGUUGGUGGAAACAGUUCUUAGAACUCAUAAGGACAAUAUUGAAGAUGCAAUUCGGAGUCUCAAAGCACUUUGCAUUGGUGAUGGCAAUUUAAGAAAUGAGUCACAAAGCUUUGAUUCUACAAUGAUGGGAAACUGUGCUACUGUUCCAGAUUUGUGCCAACCAGGUGGUCAAAUGUCACAGCCGCAAAUUGGAGAUGAAGAGGACAGUAAAUCAACCAUUGAUUCUGAUAUAAUGGAUGGGUCAAAAUGGGUAGAUAUUUUCGUACAAGAGAUGAUGAAUGCAGCAGAUCUUGAUGAUGCUAGGGGACGGGCUGCUAGGAUGUUAGAAGCUUUUGAAAGGAGUGUAACUGCCAACUCAAGGGCAUCAAAGGAGCUGGAGCAUGUUUCUCUGAGGGAGCAUCUGCAGAGCUUGUUAAGAGACAACCAGAUUUUAAAGAGAGCAGUUGCCAUCCAGCAUGAGCGCAAUUUGGAGCAAGAGGAGAAGACGAAGGAAGUACAACAAUUAAAGCAUAUGCUCUGCCAAUAUCAAGAACAACUCCGAAAUUUAGAGGUAAUGUCUUUGCUUUGUUGUGGUUUUUAUUAUUGUUUUUGGCUAUAUUUUAAAGAAGCUGUGGAACAUUGGUACAAUGGAUGUGUUAUAUUUCUGUUUUUUUUUUUUAUGUAUUUAUUUGUUCAGGCAAGUCCCUAACCAUUGCCAACCUGUGCUCUAAUAAUAUUUACUUGUGCUUGUGGCUUAAGUAGGCAUUUCACUUUUGUGCCUCCUGCUGUACUUCAAAUUGGUAACCAAGGGGUUGAUGUGUGUUUUGGGUGCACAUUUCUGUUCUUGGAGGGCAUGAAUAUGAUCUACUUGAUUAGAUGGUUUUGGAAUUGGAGACUGGACCUUUUCUACGCAAUAACCAUGUAAUUGUAAUUGGAAAACAAGGGAACUUUGGAAUGAGUUUCAGUGAAUGCAAUUUUUUCCCAAGUAACCCGAAAAAUGCUGGUUUGGGUUCCAGUCUGAGCAUUCAAAGAAAAUCAGGCAUAUCCUGCAGGACUUGUGUAAGAGGAAGACCCAAACUACUAACUUAAAUAUCUCAGAAGGGCUUCCAAACAUUCCAUGGUCUUUUUGCCAGUAUGAUACAGUGAAGCUGGAGGAUGAGAGUCAAGGUGAGUUGGGGUAUUUAGUGGUGUGAACCUUGUGCACCAGGCAGUCUAGGGGUUCUUUUGUUGGUUUGUCUGAAGCUCUUCUCAAACUGCUUGAAUGUCCAUUUCUAUGAUAAUCUAGUAACACAUAGCCAUUGUGUUUAGUUUUCCAUUCAUUGAAAGAGCACCCAAAACAAAUCAAGAAGAUUAAAAAGUAAAAUCUAGUGUACAAAGGCUAGUGUCUGGAGGUUUUCUUCCUCUCCUAGGUGCUGUAUAGUACAAACUCUGUUUGGUAUUGUACAGUUGCAACUUGCAAUACAGUGAAUGGAAAAUAUAACGAGAGGAUAUUCAUACCAAACUACUUGGUUUUUAGCAUUGCAAUGGUGUGUGCCAUUCACAAACCAUUCUUCCACGACAUUUACCAUCUGACUGAAUAUGGUUUAAUUAUUGUGUCUCCUAGUUUAGGAUGCCUGUUUUGCUGUGGAUUAGUUACAGGUUCUAAGUUCUGUAGCUCCACAAUAACAAUAAUGAAACUUGAAAAAUGAACAAUGCCCGUUCUUGACUUUUUAUUCUUGUUUUUGAUGCAGCUGAGCAACUACACGCUAAAGCUCCAUCUCCAGCGGGCGCAAGAGAGCAGCUGCAUUCCUGGGCAAUUUCACCCCGAUAUAUUUUGAGCUCAUUUUGAGUUCCAUCACUUCAUUUGGUUCUCAAAACGCGAUUUACCAUUUAUUUGUUUAAAUUGCAAUGAGUAAUGACCAAUAUCAGUUAAAAGACAGUAUUGUACAAUAUUGACAAUUGCUUGAUAAAGCAAGCUAAUGCACUUAAAAAACUUCCCAGAAAAA